GAGCCUCGGAGGAGCUGAACACAUGCAGACUCUGAUCAACAUGGAGAAACAGAACCCUGAUCUGACCGGAGGGGUGGUCUUCUCUGACCCCCGGCUGGUUUCAAAUGGGUUCAAAAUCAAACUCACAGCAGACAGACAUCUGGAAGUGACAGCGAUGGCGGACUGCGUGCCUUUUCUCGGCGUGGAGGACCUGAGGGAGAUCCUGACAGCAGUUCUUCACAGGAAGGCCUCCAGCGUGAAGGAGUGCCGUCCGCUCAAAGUCACAAACUACCUGCAGGCCGAGGCGGUUCGACUGGCCCGACAGCUGCCCACUGAUUUAUCUCGGAGAGACGUGGAGGGAAUCGUUCAGCGCAUGGAACGACAGCUUGGUGAGACCGAACGGACCUGCAUCCACGGACGACCCUUCCUCCAUCAUCUAACCGACGUUCCCUCUACAGACGAGGAAGCAAAGGCUCUGUUCAGGCCUUUAGAGCUGUGACCGCUGAGACACACCUUUAGAUCACUGACUUAUUAUUAAAUCAGCUCACUAAUUACACACUAUUAAAAACGUUCUCUAAGCUCUGGUCUUUUCUCUGAAGAUUGCAUCAGACAUAUAUCUCAUUCAGAAUGGGAGGCGGAGUGAAGCGUGAUGCUAAACUUUAGCUGAUGCUAAAAACACGGCUGUAAAUGUAUACUUCCUGUCACUCCUGGGAAGGUUUUCUCUGUAGAAUGACAAACUUCAGAUAGUUUGGAAAUGACCUCCAACCCCUCAAACCUGUCUUAUGUCACACCUGAAGGCUGCAGAGCAGCAGGAACCCCUGCUUCUCUACAGGUGGUCUUGAUGAUGAUGAUGAUGACGAUCAGCAGCUCGUGGAUGAAGCUUAUCUCCCUAUUUCCUGUGGAAAAAAUGCUGAUAAACUCUUGACUUGACAGCAGAACUUCUAGAGUUAAAGAAACCCUCAAGGUUGUAGUUUUUUCUGAAUAUGUAAAGUUUUGUUGAGGUAUUUCUCAGUACAUUAUUUUUAAUCCUUUUAUUUAUACAGGAAAAUCUCUUGAGGCUCAUUAUCUCAUUUACAUUAGAGACCUGUUCAUAAAGUCCAGGUGCGGUUUC